AUGGGCGCCCCAAUCGAGAAAGCGGCAUUGGGCUUCAGAGGCACAGACACCCCUGAAAAGUCGAUCUCGAAUACUCUCGGCUCAAAUAAGAGGGGCAAUAGCGACAUUGGCAAUGAGGAGGCUCUCACCGAGAGUCCACUGGAGAUACAGUAUCCUCAGGGCAUGAAACGAGCAAUCCUUGCGUCAGCUACACUUGUAUCUGUCUUUCUGAUCGCGUUGGAUCAAAAGAGCUUCAAGACAAUUGUGGGCACUGCAAUUCCCAAGAUCACUGAUGAAUUUGGCGGUUUGAACGACGUAUCCUGGUAUGCUGCAGCAUAUUUCAUGACAUUUGGAGCCUCUCAGACGUCUGCUGGCAAGCUUUACAAGUACACCGACAUCAAAUGGAGUUUUCUGGCAUCCAUGAUUAUCUUUGAAGUGGGAAGUUUGAUUUGUGGGGUCGCACCUAAUUCCAAGUCGUUGAUCGUCGGAAGAGCAAUCGCUGGAUUAGGCGGCGCAGGGUUGUCGGUUGGCGGAACCAGCAUUGUUACCUUCAGUGUUCCGCCCGUACAGCGUCCAAUGAUGAUGGGGAUCAUUGGAUCUACAUACGCUGUUGCCGCAGUCUUGGGCCCUGUUCUUGGUGGGGCCCUGUCGAAUAAUGGACGUUCCGGCUGGCGUUGGUGCUUUUACAUCAACCUGCCCAUUGGCGGCGCUGCUGCGAUAGCGGUAUUCCUUUUUUGCAAGCUUCCAGCCGCUGCAGCGCCUCCGAAGAUUACCCUUGUGCAGAAAUUGUUACACUUGGAUUUCAUCGGUGUUGCAUUAGCCAUGGGAGGUAUUACAUGCCUGGUCCUCGCUCUUCAGUAUGGAGGCAUCAGCCAUCCUUGGAACAGCAGCAUCGUUAUUGGUCUUUUAGUCGGGUUCGGGCUUCUGAUCAUUGCUUUAGUGAUUUGGGAAAUACUUCUGGGCGACUAUGCUAUGAUGAUGCCGAGACUUUACAAGCAACGAUCACUCUCGGCCACAGCUCCCUUCCAGUUUCUCUUCAUGGGGACGUACAUCAUCUUGUUAUACUAUCUCCCCAUCUAUUUUCAAAGCAUUUUGGGAGCGAGUCCGAUUAGAUCAGGGGUCAACAAUCUCCCUCUCGUGCUUGCAGCCUCAGUCUUUGCUAUAGCUGGAGGUGCCGUGGUCAUGAAGACUGGUCGUGCUCAACAGGUCUUGAUGAUUGGAUCACUUCUCACUACAGUGUCCAUUGGACUAGUCUAUACUCUUGAUAUCGGGAGCUCGACAGGGAAGUGGGUUGGAUACCAGCUCUUUACUGGAGCUGUAAUGGCAUUUGCCAUUAUGCAUGCGUUGACGAUCGCGCAAGCCAGUGUCGAUCCCGAAGACAUCCCCCCAGUCACGGCCAACCUUUUGUUUUUCUCAACGAUUGGAGGCGCAUUCAGCACCUCAGCAGGGCAAGCAGCUUUCAUCAACAGGCUUCUUGCCGCUCUCCCAGAAAAGGCUCCUAGCGUCAACCCAGCCCUGGUACUUGUGACCGGUGCAUCAGAGUUAAACAAAGUGUUUCCUAAAGAUGUGCUUCCUGGAAUCCUCGAAGCUUACAUGAUUGGUAUUAAAGCGGCAUUCGCGGUUGCAGUUGCUUUCUGUGGGAUGGCAUUUCUGUGCUCGUUGGCGAUCCCUAUGCGAAAAUUACCUAGCCAUGCACCUGGUGAAGCACCUAUGGCAAUGGGAUAA